CUAAGGCUGAGAAAUUAAGAGACCUGUUCAGGAUCUAGGGCCUCAUCUUUCCCCCUCAAUACAUAGAUCCAAAUAUUGAUCUAUUUCUCCUUCCCUCCUAGUCUCACUGUUAACCUUCAGGAGUCCACCACUGCCCAACUCACUGUUGCAUCGAUCAAUGCUACCGAAGGGAAGGAUGUGCUUCUCCUUGUCCUCAAUCUGCCUGAGAAUCUUGUAGGCUAUGCCUGGUUCAAAGGGCAAAGCACAGACAGCAACCGUCAAAUUGCAACAUAUGUGAUACACACUCAAAAAUUUAACCCUGGGCCUGCACACAGUGGUCGAGAGACAAUAUACCCCAAUGGAUCCCUGCUGUUCCAGAAGGUCACCCUGAAUGACACAGGACACUACACCAUGCAAGCUCUCCAGGAAACUUUGCAGGCUAACGCAUCAACUGGACAGCUCCAUGUGUACCCAGAAAAUGACUACUCAGGAUACUCUGCAGGGACCAUCGCUGGCAUCGUGAUUGGGGUCCUCUUCGUGGUGGCACUGGGGUCCUCCCUGGGGUGCUUCCUGUACCACAGGAGGACUGGGAGGGCCAGUGACCCACAAGGCCUCACAGAGCACCAACCCCCAGCAUCCACCCCUGGCCAGGGUCCCUCUGGAGCCUCCACCUCCCUGGGAGUCUGUCCCCUCCCUGUUUCUCCACCCAGGUUCCCAGCUGUGCAGGCUCAGGGCAGGGGCACCAUCCAAACUCUCCAUGUAGCACAGACACCACCCCCAGAACAGCCAGCAAAAGGCCUGCCCCACCAUGGCCCCGGGGGAACACCCAUGUCAAGGGCAGACCCCAACCCAGACCUGAGUCUGCCCUGGUCCCCUGGGGCAGCCUGA